AUGCAGAACGCAGGACAGGCUGGAGAUACCACGCCACGGAUGCACAGCAAGCCGAGCGGCCGAGUGGGCGAUGCCUCACUGUUACAAUUAAAUGAGGAGCUUUCGUCGUGGGGGAGAGAUAACACAGAAACUUACAUUCAUCAGCGUAAUGGUUCUUCGUUGCUCUUCAGGGUGAAGCGCCGCCGUGGCCACGGUCCUUCCCACCAGCAAUCUCUCACCUUUGCAGCACUGGCUGCUGUUGCAACAGCUUACUUGCUACUGUGUUGCUUCAGGCAUUUGGAGGAUUCAGGCAAGCCUAAAGGACUCCUGCGGUCACUGUCUGGUGUUGGGAAGGGGGAUAAAGACUGUGACACUCUUCUUAUCCCCGGGGGGCAGGGGAAAUCAGCACUUGUUAGUGCAACAGGCGACAUUCUUGACGCCAAACGAGUACUUAAAGGGGCCAAACUCUACACAUCUCAGUUAGCCACAACGAUGCGACAGACCAGACUGGCGUCGCUUUCAAUGCCAAGUCGUCAUGGUUUAAGGUGCUUCACAAAUUUGCUGCGUUUUUGCGUAGUUGAGCUGUCCGCCCUAUGCUCGUUGCUUGCGCCGAAUAAACGGGAUUCACUGUUUAACGCAGUGGAGCUCAUCAAGUAUGAUGUCGUUGCUUUUCGUCAACUAUUUGGGCCUCGGAAACCAUCGCGCGCCAGUAUGCGCCACAUCGACCGCAUGCAUGUCAUCUUGAGAGAGUUGCCCGAAAUGGACUUCGUGGGUGCAGCCAUGUCACCUCUGGAUAUUGUAGCUAAACUUUCCCAGCUGCUUACGCUGCAGCAGAUAGCACUCACACAGAUAAAGGGCGGCAUGCAGCUUUUGGCGCUUUGUUUCCAGGAAGGAGCACGCUUACUUCCGGAAGGCACUGAAGAGGAGUGUCUGGAUGCGUUGCACAGGACGGUCGAAUUGCGGAGGAACCAGGUGUUUCAGGACGCCCAGAUCAGCCACUGGCUACUCGAGAAACACAAAGAAGGCUCGCACUUCGGUGUAGUUGGCCCCAUAAUAAUACAAAGGCUAACAGAAAUUCCCCUAAAACCCCAUGAAGAGCUUCUGAAGGAGCUCCUUAAUACCCCUUUGGGCUUAAGGCAACAGAUGGGUAGUGGGCAAAUACCGAUGCAACCUGGUGUCCGCUCGACUUUACAGGGACAAGAGGCUACUAUCGAGAAAUCAGCCCCUCCUGGACAUGUGAAG